AUGUAUGGUGGGCACAAAGACUUUUUAAUCUUGGGGGAUUUCAAUGCACCGGAUAUCGAUUGGAACCUACUUCUUUGUGAUCUCCGAUCUGACUCAUUCGACGCCACGCUGCUUAAAACCGCUCUCGAUUGCUGCCACGUUCAACAUUUCUUGACGCCUACUCGUACUUUUGCAGACCAGACCCAAAACAUCCUGGAUCUCGUGCUCUCCCCGGCAGCUUCGGAUGUCACGAACCUAACCGUUCUUCAACCCAUAGGCAAGAGCGAUCAUUGUGUUGUUUCACUCCACUGGACUCGCCGUCUCACGAUCCAUAGUUACGGUGGUCACCGUCGAAACUUUUGGCGUGCCGACCCACUCCGUCUGAAAACGGCCGCAAGCGCUACGGAUUGGGGUAGCCCUGAACACAUUCACCUCGAUGACGCAUGGAAUUUGUACUCUCCAAAAUGA